GCCAAAGGUGCCAAAAACAGGCCAAGAGCAUCUGCAGCGCCUGCGGCUACUAGACAACAAAGUGAGGACCAGCAAAUUCUGUCUUUUUUAGGUGUUGCUGAACAAGCAGCAGAUCCGAAGGCCAUGCAGAAGGCAAUAGCUCGUCUGAAGAGGAUGAACUGUUUCCCAGCCGAUGCCCUGGUAACUACAGUAACCGGACAAAAACGAAUGGACCAGUUGGCUGUUGGAGAUUACGUAUUGGUGCCAAGCGCGGGUGGAGUCUUGAAGUACGAACGUGUGGAAAUGUUCUAUCAUCGAGAACCUGAAACAAGAGCGCAGUUCGUUGUUCUGUUCACCGAGUCGAAAAAGAGACUAGCGAUGACUCCUCUACAUUUGCUGCCCUUCGGAGAAUGCAGUGCAAUGAGAAGGACCCUUCAGAAAACUGACGGAGUGGACCGCUUAUUACGAGCAUCUCGCUACGCAGACAGCGCAAGUGUUGGAGACUGCGUGAUGACUGUGGCUAGAAAUGGCGAAGUAGCAGUUGAAAAAAUCGUUAAGAUUGGACGACAAAUUUCUGCCGGAAUCUACUCGCCUAUGACUGUUGACGGAGCUUUAGUGGUUGAUGGAGUUUUAUCAUCGUGCUUCUCCCAAGUUGAAAGUCAUACUGUACAGAAGGUGAGUGAAUUCCAUUUUCACGAACAUUUGAGCAGAGGUAAAAAUCACAAAUAGUU